AUGUCGGCAGGCCCAGGACAGUCUUCCGCGCCAUCCAAAGUGACAGGCACCGCCAGCCAGCCCGUGUCAAUCCCCCAGUCGCAGUCUUACUCGUUUGGACCGGACUCAGCAUCGCGUCGAGCCUCUGGACCGCUUGUUGGAGGCCAGUCGUCGAGUCACCUAGCUUCUGCCAGGAACAACCAGUCUCGAAAGGCGAAUCACAAGCGUCAGCGUAAAUCUCGCUUAGUGGAUGAGGAUGCGAUUGCUGAAGCCGCAGCCAUGAAGUCUACCUCUAGCAGAAAGGGCCAGACGUCAAUCACACAUCUUAUGAACUUCUCUCUACCUCCACGGCCCCAUUCGUCACCGUUUAGGCCACACCGCAAUGUGACAUACCACUCUGGAUCUCACCGUGUUGAUAAGGCUAGAUAUGUUAAUGCGAACUACCGGUUUAUUGUGAACCCAAAGAAGAAUUAUCAUGCACAGGCCACAAAUGCGGACGUUCACUUAGACUGGGACACCGUCCUGCAGGUGUUGGUGUCGACAUCCUCGCAGCCGACAAACUGUCCUAUCUGUCUAUGCGUUCCUGUGGCUCCUCGGAUGGCCAAGUGUGGACAUAUUUUCUGUCUACCUUGUCUCAUCCGCUUUUUACAGACCAUAGACGAUCAAGAUCCACCACCCGUAAAACGGGCUAGGUGGAAGAAAUGCCCAAUCUGCUGGGAUCCAAUAUACAUGUCGGAAACACGAUGUGUACGGUGGUACUCUGGACAGCAGAUUGAUACCUUGAUGGAAGGUGGUGAUGUCUUUCUCAGACUCGUCAUGCGUCGACCUGGUAGCACCCUUGCUCUCCCCAGAGAUGGGGCCGAUAGGCAUAGCCAUGCACCCGAGGACGACCUGCCGUGGUAUAAUGCCGCAGAAGUCACCGACUACGCGCGGUUCAUGAAAGGUGGUGAAGAUUAUAUGAUGUCACAGUACGAUGCUGAGCUCGAGGCGCUCGAGAAGCAAGAACAAGAGGAUGAACUCUUUUUUGGACAGGAGCCGACGUGGACCCAGAAGGCUAUGGCAGCCAUAAGGGAAGCCAGGGAAAAGACAAGGGGGAUUGGGAAUCCUCCCCAUUUCCAUAGACAUGCUGUAGAUGGAAAGCAACCUGAGCAGCAUCCAUCUACAGACGCUGAACCGCCAGCAGAAGAAGUCCCGGAUAUGCAUUCCCACCAGCAGCAUGCUCCGGCGAGCUCUUCUAUUGAUCAAGUAUCGAAUCCAGAACAAGACGCCGGUGACGGUGCCACUUCGAGCCUGCCGGCUGAAGAUGCUGGCGUCUCCUCAGCAUUAUCUAAACUAGAGAUACAGCCCCAACAACCUACUACACAUGCUUCAACGGGAGAAAAACCACUGCACCCGAUCGCAAACGAAUCUGAAAGGGGCCACCCUCCUGAUGUACCAUACUACUUCUACCAAGCACUACCCCAUUUCUACCUCUCAUCACUCGACAUACGAAUUUUAAAGUCAGCAUUUGGCGACUUCUCGCUCUUCCCGUCUGCCAUCCUACCCCGUGUUGAACAUAUAUCUACAGGCCAUAUAAUGGACGACGAUCUACGCAAACGUGUCAAAUAUCUCAGCCACUUACCCUAUGGCUGUGAGCUAACAUUCCUAGAAUGCGACUGGACUGACCUUGUCAGGCCUAGUGUCCUUGAAAAAUUCCGUACGGAUAUCGAAAGACGCAGGAAACGAAAUCGUGAGAAGGCAGCGCGUGAAGAAAAAGAGCGUAUUCGCGCUGAGAAAGAGGAAGAGGAGCAGCGACUGGCGCCUAAUCGACGGAAGCGAUCAAGUUUAUCUUCUCCCAGCGAACAGCCCUUCAGCGCUAGUGACUUCCUGCCGCUUGGUCCCGGCGCAAGCGGUCUAUCAAACGAAGAUCAUAUAGACACAAGCCUCUCCACAGCAUCGCCCCCAUGGUCCUCUUCCCAGAGUCGAGGCCACCAGUCGUUUGCGGCCCUAGCCACGCCGUCUAACAGUCCACCCUCCCGCCGGACAGUGUGGGGUACUACGAUCGUUGAUUCGAGUCCCCCCGCUGCAGGCUCGAGCCAGGACCCCUUCCCGGCCAACCGUGACGACGGCUGGCUUCAAAACUGGGAAGCAGAGCUCUUGGCUGAACAGCAGGACCUUAUCAUGGGUAGCACCAACAACAACACCGGCAGCAGCAACAUGCCUGGUGCCACGUCAGGCAAAAAGAAGAAAAAUAAAAAGAUUACAUUAAUGUCGACCAACGCACGACGAGCUGCAUAG